GAUGUGAAAGAGUUCAUUGCCACAGAUGUUAGCUUUGGUAAAAUCCCUUACCUCAUGGGCCUGGACUCAGCUGAUAUGCUGAAAGCUCUGUGCUACCCAAGAGUGAAGGUUGGAAAUGAGAUGGUCACCAAAGGUCAAACCAUGACACAGGUCAACAAUUCUGUCGGUGCUCUGUGUAAGUCUAUCUAUGAGAAGAUGUUCUUGUGGAUGGUCAUCCGUAUCAAUGAGAUGCUGGACACAAAGCAGGCAAGACAGUACUACAUUGGAGUGUUGGAUAAUGCUGGAUUUGAGAUCUUUGAUUACAACAGCUUGGAGCAACUCUGCAUCAACUUCACCAAUGAGAAACUGCAACAGUUUUUCAACCACACCAUGUUUGUUCUGGAUCAAGAGGAGUACAAGAAAGAAGGCACUGAGUGGGAGUUUAGUGACUUUACAGCUCUACCAGAAUUCUUCAAACAAACUGCUGACCUACCUGUAUGCAUCGCAUGCAGCAGCCGAUGUGAUGAAUUAUUGAUCAUUAUGUUGAAGGUGCGUGACUUGGAAGAUGAAGUUGAGGUCAAACAGAGAUGUGGAGCUGAUUUUGUUAAAGGAGUCCGCAAAUAUGAGAGGAGAGUGAAGGAGCUGACCCACCAGGUGAUUCCUGAGUCCCACGUCAACAAGCUGAGAACCAAGAGUGAUGCUGGAAAAGGAACAUGA